AAUGCGUCUCAUUCCAUCAUAAAUUGUAAACUUGGGAUAAACUAGUUUACAUCAGAAAACCAUCUAGCACAUUUCACUCCAGGUAUCCGACGCUGCUGCCCAAAUUAGCGCCUUUACGGAGGAACGAUAAUGAAAUUUCUAACGACUGUGUUUCUAGCUCACCCAGAUCUGGAGACCCAAAUUCGGCGGUGGGGUAUUCUUCUGCGCCAUCCCGGAGGCAUUUAAUCAUUAAAUUCUAAGGUGACACCCGGUGCGGACGUAUUGUUUUCUGGGCCCAUGAUAGUGAUGGCUUAAAUUAGGAGAAAGUGGUUGGCUACGAACGUUUAUACACAUUAGGAUUUAGGAUAAAAUAAGCAAAAUGAAAAUGAAUGUGAAAUUACAUGUACGAGAAUUGCUUGCCACGCUGAUGAUGUUGAUGGAUCAGUCGUUGAGUCGAACAAUUGAAAUAAGUGCAUAUGGGAAUGGGUCAAGUUAUGGUUAUUCCUCACUGAGAAAUAGUGCAUCGCAAAGCCCUACAAUAGGUCGGGCGAUGAGUGGUGCCGGAUAUCGAAACUCACUUGAUGAAAUGCUCAGAAAACCUGUGUCCGGCUAUCAGGAUCCCCUAAAGAUGCCGAAGUACGUCGUGUAUCCCAGCAACAGCCAAUCCAUCGACUAUGGCGGAUCAUCGAAAGAUGUAGCCAUGGAUCGGUUUGCUCCUGGUGAGGCGUACGGUGGAACAGUUUAUAAAAUCAUUAAAGCCAGGGAAAACAAGGGGAAGUAUGGAUACCAGUAUCAAAAGCCUAACGCUGCACCAUUUGACGAUGAUAAAACAAAUGCACCUUCAACGGCAUCCCCACCAGCUCCAGUGGUACCACCUUCCAUAACUCCUCCACCCCUUCCAGUUUUCAUAGCAGGACCAACUCCAAAUCCUCCCACAUCCGCUCCAGCGACAGCUGCUCCAGCACCAGUUGCUCCUCCAAAUACUUCACCAGACUCGAGCCCUUCUAACCAAUACAUUCCUCCGUCGUUCAAUGGAUUCUCAAGUUAUCUACCACCACCAUCAGGAACGCCGGACGACGCACCAUCAGUCGAUUCUGGUCCACAGCCUGUCUCAUCAGCGGACGCUGUCCUGCCGGCACCACCUAUUCCAUCAUCACCACCUCCCUCAAAUCAAUACAUCCCUCCCGAUUCACUUUUCCAAUUUCCACCAAAUAUCCACUCACACUACCAUCCUCCACCACCAACCGAUGCGUUCCAAUUGAACGGAAUCUCCAGCUACCUUCCUCCACCGGCCGGACCAAGCAACAUAUCUGAUUCAGGAGACACAAUCGGAACCAUCUCCGUUGGACCGGACACUCCGUAUUCCGCAUACCUGCCACCCUCGCAACCAGCCACACCGGCUCCUAUGACCAUGCAACAGAUGCCCAUGGACAUGAUGCCUCCAUCGAACAACAUGAUGCUGAUGAUGGGCAUGCCACCGGCCCCCAUGGUCACCUACGAAAUGGGCCGUCAUCCUCCGAUGGAUUUUGACUUCCACGGGUACUACCCGCACGAUCACUUUCCGGAGUACAUUUUCGAUCACGAUCACGACCACGACCAUUUUCACGAUGAAACCACGACAACCACAACGCCUGCUCCGCCUCCACCGGAACCACCGAAACGUGUGAAGAACUACUCCUACUACUACGUGACCCGGUUUUUCUGGUACAUCCCGUUGUAUUUCAGUUUGUACAUGCUGUUCUACGUUCUGGUGUUGAUUCUGCGGUUCGUGGCGAGGAAGAAGGCUAACUAUCCCAACCAAUGGACCGGAAGAUUGCUGGGUGAUAUGCAAUAUUUAACAAACGACCAGGCAGUUGACAAAGCGGAUGUGAUGACCGGAUUCGUGAUGAAACAAAUCGAAGAUUUCAAAGAGAAAUAUUUAUGAAACAGGGUAAAACAGUGUGUGUAUGUAUAUGAAGAUGCCAGUCCAUGGUAGGGCACAAGUAAAACAAAAGUAAUGCCGUUUUUCUUUUUGAUCCAGUUCCAACCUGGGUUGGAACUGGAUGAGAUCACAUGUCGAAUUCGUUUUUGGGCCUGGGUUGGAACUGGAUUGGCGGAAAAUGUGUAAACAAACAAACGUCAAACAAACUCAAACAAACUUUAGUACAAGCGAAACCGAAGUCGGGUUGGGGUUGAAACUGUGAUCUCAUCCAGUUCCAACCCAGGUUGGAACUGAAUCAAAAACGAAAACG